UUGAACGGUAUUUUCGGUUGGAACAAAUCGCGUGGAAAGUUUACGUUUACGCGAUCCCGAUCGAAAAAUGAGCUUGGUGAAACGGAAAAAACUGGAAAGUAAGAAAAAGGGUAAAGUCCCGAAGGGCUCAAUAUUGAAUAUAAGCAGUUAUGAAAAAGUGUUCAAAGAGUCAAUCGAAAAUCCGGAAUCGUUCUGGGCCAGUGUUGGAACGAUGGUCAGUUGGGCCAAGCCAUGGAAGAAGGUGUUGGACAACAGCCAAGAACCAUUCACCAAAUGGUAUGUCGGUGGAGAAAUAAACGCCUGUUACAAUGCGGUCGAUCGGCACGUGGAAGCAGGAAACGGUUCCAAAGUGGCCCUCAUCUAUGAUAGUCCAGGAACCGGAGUAGUGCGCAAAAUUUCCUACUCGGAAUUGCAAGAAAAGGUUUCGAAAUUGGCCGGACUUCUAGCCAGAUAUGGGGUGGAAAAGGGCGAUAAGGUGCUCAUUUACAUGCCCCUUAUUCCAGAAACCGUAAUGGCGAUGUUGGCGGUUGCAAGAUUGGGAGCCGUUCAUUCGGUCGUGUUUGGAGGAUUCGCAGCUAGUGAAUUAAGCACUAGAAUUAACCACGCUGAACCAAAGGUCAUCAUUGCAGCCAGUUGUGGCAUUGAACCGAACAAGAUAUUAAACUAUGUAGAUGAAUUGAACCACGCAAUAGGAAUCUCCUAUCACAAACCCAACAAGUGUGUGAUUUUCCAAAGAAGGGGCGUUUUCAUUGCGGAAUUAGAGCCUGAACGCGACAUUGACUGGGAAGAAGCGAUAAAAAACGUCGAAAGUGUCCCAUGCGUCCCUGUUGAAGCAAACGAGCCGCUCUAUAUAUUGUACACUUCUGGAACAACAGGAGAACCCAAGGGAGUUCAAAGGCCAGUAGGGGGACAUUUAGCUACUUUGGCCUACACUAUGAAGACCUUAUAUGCCAUGGGGCCUAAUGAUGUUUGGUGGUCAACCAGCGAUUUUGGUUGGGUUGUUGGCCAUUCCUACAUGUGUUACGGCCCGCUGGUUUACGGAAUUACCAGUAUAAUUUACGAAGGAAAACCCACCACCACUCCUGAUCCCAGUUCCUACUAUAGAAUUAUUAGCGAGUACAAAGUCAAUGCCAUGUUCACGGUGCCAACAGCACUGCGGAUUCUUAGAGAAGUGGAUCCGGAGGCUAAAUUUGGGGCAGAGUACGAUAUUUCCAGCUUAAGACAAAUCUGGGUAGCUGGAGAACAUCUGGAUAUGUCGGCGAAAUUGUGGGCAGAAAAAUUCUUUAGUGUUCCGGUCAUCAACCAUUGGUGGCAAACUGAAACUGGCUCUGCCAUUUCUGGGACGUGCGUCGGCUUAAAGAAUCCCUGCCACGACAGCAAACUUACCACCGGCUUACCUUUUCCUGGAUACAACGUUCAAGUGCUGCUGAAAGAUGGAAGUUUAGCCGAUGUGAACGAGCUGGGCAGAAUCGUUGUAAAGCUGCCUUUGCCGCCUGGAACUCUCACCACACUGUACAAAGCAGACGAUCGGUUCCACAAGACUUACUUCACUAGGCACUCAGGCUUUUAUGACACAAUGGACGCGGGCUUUGUAGACGAAAACGGUCUGGUCUAUGUAACUGCCAGAGCAGACGAUAUAAUCAAUGUGGCUGGACAUCGGCUAUCCACUUUAGCCAUAGAAAACAUCGUGCUUUCCCAUCCAGACAUAUGCAAUGCUUGUGUGGUUUCAGUGCCCGACAAAAUCAAAAGCGAAGUGCCGUUGUGCUUGUUUGUAAUGAAAGAAGAUGCGAUUCUGAAUGAGUACUUGAUUGCCCAAGAAUUGAUCGCUUUGGUGAGGGAACAUAUGGGACCAGUGGCUUCAUUCCGGCUGGCUGUUGGAGUGAAGGCGCUUCCCACCACUAGAUCUGGGAAAUUAUGCCGCAAAUCCAUUGCUGAUUUAGCGCGCAACAAAAUGAAGAAGGUACCCAGUACUGUCAUGGAUCCAACAGUUUACAAGGAAAUCGAAGAAGCUCUUCGGAAGAUUGGAUUUUGUUAGUUCUACCGGUACUGGCUACAUGGCAGUUUAUAAAAAAGCUGUUAAUAAAAUGUUGAUGCGUAACUGAAA